GUGUGACGUCACAAGGAUGCGCCGCUCCUGCACUGUGAUUUCAUACUGUGAUUCAACUGGAGGAAGGAUAAAGUGUCCAAACACAGAGAAAAACUCCUGCUGAAGCGACUGAUCUCCACACUGUUAUAAAGAUGGCGUUUAUUAAAGGGGAGAGUGAAGAUGUGAAGAUUGAAGAGACAUUCAGAGUCAAACAGGAAGAUCUGCAGGAACAAACAGACCUGAUGGUGCUGAAAGAAGAGACUCAUCAACAGAAUGAAAUGGAAGAGUUUGAGAAACACCAAGAAAUAACGACUGACGAAAAACCCACACUGACUAAAAAGACUGCAUCAUGCGGAAGACCUUGGAAAUCCAAAUCUGGGAGUAAUUUCACUUGUCAUCAAUGUGGAAACCAUUUCAGCCGAAAACACAGCCUUCAAGUCCACAUGAGAAUUCACACUGGAGAGAAGCCUUUCACCUGUAAAGAGUGUGGGAAGAGUUACAGUCAAAAACCAAGCCUUAAUGUUCACAUGAGUGUUCACACUGGGGAUAAGCCUUACAUCUGCGAACAGUGUGGAAAGAGUUUUGCUAAAAUCCAUGGCUUUAAAGCCCACCUGAGAAUUCACACUGGAGAGAGGCCGUACACAUGCCAACAGUGUGGAAAAAGCUUCUACCAUGCAGGAAACUUUGCAGUGCACAUGAGAAUUCACACUGGGGAGAAGCCUUACUCCUGCCAUCAGUGUGGAAAGAGUUAUAACCAAAAAGUCACCCUUGAAGUCCACAUGAGAACACACACUGGAGAGAGAAGUUUCACUUGCAUAUCGUGUGGGAAAAGUUUUCCUCAAAAAUCAAACCUUGACACCCACAUGAGGAUUCACACUGGAGAGAAACCUUACACAUGCACAGAGUGUAGUAAAAGUUUCACAUGUAAAAGCACACUCAAUUACCACAUGAAAACUCACAGCAGAGUGAAGCCGUUUCCAUGCGAUCAGUGUGGAAAGAGCUUCAUAAGUAAAGCUAGCUUCAUGAACCACAUGAAUGGUCACACUGGAACUAUAGUGUUCACAUGUGAUCAGUGUGGAAAGACUCUCACACGCAAAGACUACAUUAAGAAACACAUGAUGAUUCACUCAGUAGAGCGUUUUAGAUGCAGUGAGUGUGGAAAAGACUUUGAACAUAAAAGAACCCUCAGCGCUCACAUGAAGCUUCACAAUGGAGAGUCCUCAAAAUUGAGACCUUGUCCACACUAAUUUGAUAGCCCGGAUAAGUUGAGUUUACUUUAAAAAAGAAAGAGGAAACUGGUUGCCCUAAAAAAAAAAAAAUGUAUACUUAAAAAAUAAAUAAAUAAAUAAAUAAAUAAUAAACUUGAGUGUUUACGUGAGUAUAAAAACUUGAGUGAGCUCUACUUA